AUGAGCGAGUACGGGUGCACAGAUACAGCAACUACGACCGAGAUACCACUCCUCUACAGCGGUUACAGUGCUCCCGGUAGCGGUGACACUUCAACAUCGUCCUCGUCGUCAACAUCAUCAACAAGCUCACCCACACCAAGCGAAACACCCCAACAAGUAACCAAAGGUGAUGGCAAACCCAACAACACCCCCGCCAUCAUCGGGGGUGUCCUAGGAGGCCUCGUCAUAAUCGGCGCCCUUGUCUUCGCCAUCGUCUUCCUCCUCCUGCGCGACCGCCGCCGCAAGCGCGAGGCGCAACUGAACCAACAGCCGCAACAACACCAAGACUGGGAGGGGCCGCCACCCACACCUGGAAUGUCAGAAGUGCAUUACAACCCCGAUGGCUUCAUUGGAUGCAACGUUUACGGCGAAGAGCCGCGGACUACCACGACGGAAGACCCACCUAAGAACUGGAAGGCAUGGAGCAGAGUCAGCAGAGAUAAGAAGGUGCCGCAGGAUAGGGUCACGAGCUGUGGAGAGCAGGGGCCGUAUGGGGCUGUAGAGGCUGAAGGACGGAUGGUGCAUGAGGCGCCUGCAUAA